AUGCAAGCCCCCGAAGAAUCCACUUUUUCGUCUUCUUUAGAAACCUUAUGUGAUGAUGAAAAAACUACGUUUACGGCGCCGGUACCUCUAAUUAUUGAUGAAGCUCACCACGAGAUUAACCAGAAAAUUUACCAAUUGUCAACUGAGGCGGAGCCUUUCAUUCCUUCGUUUAUGCGAGGAGUAGGGACCUCUACAUAUCCUAUAGAAGUGUAUAAUAAAGGACACGAUGAUAAUACACAGCUUAUGACCAUUGAUAGUAAGUGCGCGAUCAGUUGUCAUAAUACCCCACCUUUGCAUUUACAAAAAGAUUCAAAACCUCAACCGAACCCAACGUUAGACCACGACUCCCCUCAAAAUGCCAAAAAAUCAAAUUCCCAUAAACUACAAGGACCUGGUUAUUUUUCUACCGAUCAAACUCGCAAGGAACAUUUUGAUUUAUGGGUUAGUCAGCUUAUAAACAUGAGCGAAGAUGAAGUUCACAUGCUGAUGGAUUGUUUGCCCGAGGAUAUUCAACAUUUGUACUUCCAUAAUCUUUCCCACUUUGUGGAUACCAAACCACAAGGAGGGAUUUCUUCCGAAGACAAACAGUCCUUCGGACCUAAAGGCUGUACAUCAAUGUCUCCGGCGGUUUCGGCUGCUUUUGCAACUUUUAACAAAAUUAGCGAAGAACGACUACAGCAUAUUGAGCAAUUGCUUUGUUUAGAAACCCUUAAUGAUUACGUCUGCGAUACUGGAAUGCGGGAGGAAUCAUUAUUUGUCAACCCCGAUGAGGGCUUAAACUCCGAUGAGGAGGAAUGGCUACUGGAGCAGAUCAUGAGUGUGGAUUUGAUUCCACCGGACUCUGAAUUGACCAAGCCGGAUCAAAAUCAGUAUGAGAAGAGGCAUAAAAGUACAUUUCGACCUGUUAAUAUUAAACCCCGAGGCCGCAAUAAAAGGAAACAGACAAAGCGCCGAGGUGAGUUUUAG